AUGUCUAAACCACCAUCUUCAACUAGCGACGUGCUUUUGUACAUUCUCGCCAUCUUCCUGCCCCCUCUCGCUGUUCUCUUGAAGACCGGAUGUGAUUCCAACUUCAUCAUCAACAUCCUCCUCACCAUUCUGAGUUGGCUGCCUGGAUGUAUCCAUGCCUGGUGGGUCAUCACAAAGUAUGAGGAACCAGCUCAUUCGCAUAUCCAUUAG